AUGACAAUGGUUGUUGAGCUAUUAGAUUUACCCACAGAAAUCCUAGAACGCAUUUUAUUCUACGUUGUUAUUUUACCAUGUGAAAAUGAUGUAAAUGAUUUUCUUUCUGUCACAUCAACAUGUAAAAAAUUGUUCGGAUUUUCAAACGAUGAAAGAAUUUGGAAACUACUAUCAAAACGAAGAUGUCCCGAUGAUAAAAACGAAAGUGAAACAUGGUUCGAACGUUGUACGCAAGUUUAUUGGACUCGUACUCUAGCUCCUAAAGAUUUGAUAGAAAAUGUUAGUCUGUUUGAUCAUAACUAUUAUUGUACAAUUCAAAAAAUUGAAUUAACGCCAUAUCUUAUUAGACUCUACAUUGAUGAACGUGGAGAUAAUUCGUUUGGUUCAAUUCAACAUCCCAAGCAUUCUCGACUUUUCAAAUUAGUUAAUAACUCUGAUAUUCAAGUUAGCUUUUAUAAUUUCCAAUUUUUUAUUUAUAAUGAAAAACAAUUUUUAGUAAUUUUACAACCGCCUUCUUAG